CGAAUUGGAUCAGUGAGGUUAAGGGGACAGAGGAGCCAAUGGCUCGCCUGAGCUCCGAGCAGGUAUUGAAGGACAACAAUGCUGGCGGCGAUCCAAGCUCCGUUAUCAGUCUUCAGCUCACUCACAAAGCUCUUUCUGAUGUAUCAUGCUUGGCCAACUUCAAAGCCUUGGAAAAGCUUGACCUCAAGCUCAACAAUCUCACUUCACUUGAGGGGUUGAGAUCAUGUGUUAAUUUGAAGUGGCUAUCUGUUGUAGAAAACAAAUUAGAAAGCUUAGAAGGAAUUCAAGGACUUACUAAGCUCACAGUGCUAAAUGCAGGCAAAAAUAAGCUUAAAUCUAUGGAUCCGGUCAGGUCACUUGUUAGCAUCCGAGCACUGAUUUUGAAUGAGAAUGAAAUUGUCUCCAUUUGUAAACUUGAUCAGAUGAAAGACUUGAACACUCUUGUUCUAUCCAAAAACCCUAUCUGUAAAAUUGGUGAGGCUCUGAUGAAGGUGAAACGUAUAACAAAGCUUUCCCUCUCUUAUUGUCAGCUUGAGGGUAUUGACACUUCACUGAAGUCUUGUGUUGAAUUGAGAGAGCUCCGCCUUGCUCACAAUGAGAUUAAGUCUCUCCCAGAUGAAUUAAUGCAUAAUUCAAAGCUCCGGAAUUUAGAUUUGGGGAAUAAUGUGAUCACAAGGUGGUCAGAACUAAAGGUGCUCGAAUCACUCACAAAUCUGAUAAAUCUCAACCUACAAGGAAAUCCCAUUGCCGCAAUUGAUAAAAUUACAAGAAAGAUUAAGAAAGCACUGCCGAAACUACAGAUAUUCAAUGCUAGACCAGUAGAUAGCGAUACCAAGAAUGAGAAAGGCGACAUGGUUGAUGGCGUUCAUGAUUUUUCAGUAGAUCAUGCGGGUCAAAAUUUGAGAGAUAACACCAAGGAAAAGAAGAGUGGAAGAUUUCAUCCAAAAGGUGAAAAUGAGGAUGAUCAUCUUGAAGCUGUUGAUGAUCUUGACUUGGGGAGAAAAUCAAGUAAGAAAAGGAAGAAAACUGUUGAUGUAUCCAAGAAGGAAGUUGGGGUCCUUGAUGAGGAAAAUACAGGUCAUAACAAGGGUAGGGAAGAUAGAAAGGAAGACAGUCUAACAGUUACUGUUGAUCCUAACAUGGAGAAUAAAUCAACUAAGAAAAAGCAAAGAAAGGAUAACAAGCCCUUGGACAAGGGGUUGGCUCUUGAGGAGAAUGUUACUAGGAUUGAGAAGAAACAAAAGAAUGAGGAACAAAGUGAACUUCAUGUUAUCGAUGAUGCAGAAGCUUCAUUUGCAGAGUUUUUUGAAGGCAAGGAUGCAGAAAAAAUGAACCAUGGUGGUGAAAAGAAAGUACGGGACAAAGUGGCUAAGGAUGUGAAAUUGGUGGGUAGCAAUGUAACCUCAUUGGUCAAGAGUAAGAAUUCUAAAAUGCAGAACAUAGAGGCUCUAAGAUCUUCAGUAGAAGAAAUUGGAAUGGGAGGACCAUCAACAUGGGGUGAUGAGUGAUAAUAUCUGGAGAUAUGGUGAUGCUUCAAGCCUUUGACUAUGAGGAGUUGAGGACUAGUUUUGAGUCUCAGACAUUAUGUUUUAUGCCCCCCCUUUUCCCUUUUUAUGUGACUAAUGUGAAAUGCAGUUAGUUAAGUGUUAUGUUACUUUUUCUUUUCUUUUUUGGAUACUUGUAAUGUUACUUUUCAGAGGGGGCUCCUUGUUUAAUUUGCUUGUAGCAUUCAAAGAUAGAUUUUCAUCCCUGC